ACCUCAACCACCAGUCAUAAACAUCAUUGUCCUCUUUGAAUCCCGUCCAGAAAAACGCAGGCCGCGUUCAGAGCUCCUACUUGCUUACGCCGGCUGCAUUUCCCAGCAUUGUGGUUCAUGCUUCUUAGCCUCAGCCGCCGCCGUCGCCGCCCACAUCGCCAGGAACUCGGGUACCGCACGCAUUCGACAAGUUUUCAGUGCACAACCUACAGGUACCUUUCAGUAAGGAAAGGAAGGCAAUUCUUCUUUCCAAACAACAAAGUCACCACAGAGACCAGAGACCCGACUCCAGUUUGUCUCCAUCCACAACGCACGCCUGCCCAUCCGUACCUAACCGUGGGCUACGCUACCUUGCCUUACGUCUGUGAGGCUGCUCCGCUCUCGCCUUGGCCCAAGUACCUUGCUUUGGCGCCAUUUCCCUUAGCGGCACCCAUCCAAAAGGUGACGAACCAGAGGUACCCUGCACUGCGUAUCCGUACUACCUACGUGCUGCGCACACCUACCUUACCUUAUCCCAUCCUAUCCCGCCACGGACGGACCAGACACCAAAGACGAGACCGACUGAGGGAGGGAAAAAAUAGACAACAUAUCCUUCUCCAACAAAGACCUCACUACCUUACCUGUUCGCCUUGCCACGACAUACGUCCUAACCGGGGGAUUCCUGCGCAUACAGAACCACCUGUUUCCAUUCCUCCCCCACCCGCAACCGUGUCAUGACUCUGUCCUCCGCCUCAACAUGUCGGAACAAACAAUGGACGACGUCUCCAAGUUUUUGCAAGAUGUCAAGGAGAUGAAUGCUCGCCGAACCGAAGAAGACGACGCUCGUCAACGCGAACUCGACGAGAAGAUACAGCAGGAGAAGAGAGAACGACAAGCUCGUCGCGCCGGUACGUCUACCUACAUCUUGUCAUCUUUCUCCUUGCUUCC